AUGGCGAGGCCAGAGGCCGCCCUGUGCGCUCGGUUACAAUCUCAAGGCUGGAAGCUACCAGAUGACAUAAUUUCCAAACUGACGGAGGAUCUCAGAGACACUAGGCUUUCCGAAGGCAUCAGUUGCUUCAUUGACCAUGUGGACGAGGAGGAUGCGUCGAGUUCAAAUUCCACUGAGGAUGAAGCGAAUGACUUGGAGUGCACCUGUGGAUUGAGUUCUGAAUAUGUAUCCUUAAGUGGUGAGAAUCCGUCAGUCAACGUUAAAGAGAGGGCUUUAUGCAGUGAUGAAGUAAUGGGAAAAAUAAAAGCCAGAAGUGUAACUGAAGAGCUCGUUUUCUCCAAAUUACUCUCCUGUCUCCCGCCUAAUGAAUCGGGUUGUAAUACGGCUGAUUCGACCAUUUUAAAACAUUCAUCUGUGGACCACCAAAUGGGCACUGCAACGGAGUAUGAAAACACAAGUGAAGCUUCCGGUGAUGAUCUAACCUCUCCCACUGGCAACAUGUUACCAAAAGCUUCUCUACAUGCGAUCUUUUGUCCGAAACAUCGUCGGACGAAAGCUCAUCCGGGGACCCGAAUGAAACACUUGGCUCCACCGAAGCCCCCCAGAUUGUUUUUGCUCUCCCCACCAGCAUCUCCUCCCGUCGGUUGGGAACCAAAGGCUGAAGCUGAACCGGUGAUUAACUAUGAUCUCCUUGAGGCACUGGCUGCUCUGGCUCCUGGUGAGGCUUUCGAACUGCAUCCUCGUGACGAGGUCAGACGACAUCCCAGUAUCGUGAUCACACCAUGUGAAAAUCAUCCGUCUUCCGGACCUCGGCCCCAAAUUGUGCAAACCCCAUGUCCCGAGCGCAGAACAUGA